CCUCAAAGACGUCACUGACCAAAAACAAAAAAGUCCGCAGAACUCUAAUCGAGAUUGAACGUUAUUCCAGUAAAUUGAGGUUUUUCUGUUAAUAAGUAUAAUUCCGGUGCUUAAAAGUUUGCUUCAAUUCUUCAGUGGGCAGAAAGCAUCCCAUUCAACCUAGGACACGGAUUAGGAGCAGAACGAUGGCCACCGUGAUCCGUUUAAAGCGACGGGUCGACGAAGAUCCGCUGAAUGCGUUCGUGCUCAACUGCAAACGGCAACGCACCGCUGAGCAAGUUCCAUUCGUAGCCUCGAACGACGCCCAGGCAGCAACGAGCACGGACAAUGGGAACGGGGAAACCUCGACGGUGCUCAAAUUUGCCGGAACUUUUCAGAAGGCCGAUAACAUCUCAGCGCACUUGCAGCAGCGGCUCUCGAAGGAGGAAGCCAGGAAUGCCAUUGCCCGGGUACAUCCACGUCCGAUAUCGAUCGCAUCCCGCAAUCGAGCGGCAAACCGCCAAGCGUCCCAGAACAGUCGCUUCCGGAUUGUGAACUGCGUCCGGUCGCUCAGCCAGACCGAUGAUGGACUCGGUGGAGCAGCGGCUACCACUACCACCAUUGUGGAUGUAGAGCGGGACAACAGCUCACCGGCACCGGUUCCUGUUCCGGCUUCUGCGAGCAGUAGCAGCAGCAGCAAAUUGACGUCGCAACAACAACCGACCGGAGACGACGGUGAGGAUGGCUACGUGUACGAUCUGUACAUGGCCGAGGAGACGGCCGGUGGCAGUUCAUCGUCUUCCGUGCAUAUCCCCUACAUCCCGAACAACUUGGAUGAUAUCAGUGUUGCCGUUUGGGAGGAUCCGUUGUACUCGAGCCACCGAGGGUUGGGUGAUCGAUCCGAUGAUUCCGGCGAGGAAAAGUCCGAGGAUUCCAACUCGGAAAGCAACUGGCGCAACGACUACCCGGACGAGGACGAGGAUGUGUUCGGUGGAGAUAACAGCGUCGACGAGGAGGACAUGCGCCGGGCGGUCGAGGAGUUUGAUUUGGACGGUGACCGGGACCUGUCCUCGGACGAUGAGUACUUCGAUGGAGAGACCGCCGAAAUUGAUCCGGACAAAAUUAUCUACAGCGGUAGAGCGCAUAAUGGCUUCAAUGAAGUUGACGACGACGACGACGAUGAUGAGGACGACGAAGACGAGGGUCUUAACCCGCAGGAUGUGGCCCAAUUCGGAACGGCUUAUGCUCGCUACAAGGCCCGAGUGAUGGGUAAAGUGAACAAGAAAAAGCCCUCCUCCAGGCGGCGGGCACCGGUCGGAAUCGAUUCGGACGAGUACGACGAUGAAAUCUCCGGCGACAACUCCGACGAAUACCGAUCUUCAUCGGCGAGCGGAAGUGAAAGUGACAAUUUAGAUUUGUAUGAUUGAAAGUUUAAUUCCUCUUAGACUGGUUCAACCUGUUCAAGGGAACAGUUGAACUUUAAAAUGAAUCUUAAUAUUAAGGAAGAAUACAGAAG